GCUGGGCCCCAGGGACUCUGCGCCCACACCGCAGCGCCCGGGGCUGCCUCCUGGCCUGGCCCCCGCGGUCUGCCGGCGUCAGUCCUCCCAGAAGCCUCAGCAACCCCUCUCCGAUAUGCUAGUUGCCCCCGUAGCACAUGGGCGACCGCCACCAUGGCCCUGAACCCCAAGUCACGUGCCAGCAACCAGCCAACAUGUCGGUCUCCCCCACAGGCCAGCAGGGACCUCGCCCUGGUAGGUACGGAGUAGAUGCCCAAUAAACAUUUGUUGAAUGAAUAAGUGAUCAUCUUUGAUUAUACCCACCUCACUCUCGGUCCUAUGGGAGGGGCUGGGCACAAGAGGCCAGCGUCUGAAUAUAAGUAAUGGGAGAAAAACCUGAAAGUGAGGCCAUCCUGUCACUAAACUGUGAUUCCUGGCGAGCAGAGAAAGGCACAGCAUUUUUAGCUUUUCUUAAUCUUAGUGUGGUGCUUUUCAAGCCAGCUCGGAUGCUCGAGGGGGUGAGACCCGGGGCUCUCAUCGCCAAGACCCGGGUUCCUUUCCCGGUCAGGGAACCACACUGCCCGUCUGUCGGUUGUCACGCUGUGGCAGCCACAUGUGGCUGUGACGCUGAAAGCUGUGCCACCGGGAUUUCAAACACCAGCAGAGUCACCUGCAGUGGGCGGGUGUCAGCGCAGCUCCCAGACUCAGACGGACCAGGAAGAAGGACCUGCCGCCCACUUCCGGAAAAACUGGCCACGAAAACCCCGUGAAUGGCCGCGGAGCGUUGUUGACACAGCCGGAACGGGAGAGGGGGGCACAGAAAGACCGGCCGGGCUCCCUCCGCGGGACACAGGGUCGCAAGGAGUUGGGACCACUUGAUGGCGCUAACAACAAGGGUUUCUCAGUCCUGGCGCUGUGGACACUCAGGGCCGGGUCACUCUGUGGGGGGCGCUGUCCUGGACACUGUGGGGGCUGAGCAGCAUUGCAUCCCUGGCCCCCAGCUGCCUCGAGGGUUGCUGUGGGGUCAGCUAAACACAACUCUUUGACACACAGGAGCCCGCCUUCCCACACAGGUACCGAGCGCCUCCGGUCGCGCACACACUCCCGGCCCCGGGGGGCUCAGAGAGUGACAGUGAGGGCCAGGGGGCUGGGAGCAUGAGCCACUCUGGGAACAAUCCUGGCAGCUGCUGCAUUUAUGAACCGCUUCUUGUGUGCGGGACCCUAUCUCCCACAAGGUCCCGAGCAACACGGAAGCUGCGGGGAGGGGGACUCCCCCACGGUCACUGGGGGAGCCUCUGGGCUCCCGGGAGCAUUUACAGCCUCCCACCUCCUCCCCGAGGCUGUUAUCUGCAGAAUGAUAGAGGCCACCGGGGGACCAAAGGGCAGAGUACCCCCCCCACUCCCUCCACCUGCGUUCCUCUUUAUCCGCCAGGCCUGGGGUCAGGAGGGGGCGGGGCCACCCCAGCUGGCCCCGGAGGCGCCGUCACCGCCUCCUCUGGGUUUCCACACCUGUUCCCUGGAGCAGGGGAUUUGCUCACGUGGGGCGGGUGGGGCCCAAGAGUUCCGGGUGAGGGGGUGGGGGAAUACCACCCUUCCCUGGAAAUUGAUGGUCCGAUGGUCCCGGAGCAGUGGCUGUCCCAGGAGGGCACCUUCCCCUUUAUCCCUUUUCCUGCAGCCUCAGCAACUAGAGGAUGACCUUGGAUAUGGUGGGGGGGCGGGGCACAGCCCCAGAGAUGGGCAACAGAUGGGCCCCGGGGGCUGGGGGGGGGGGGGGGGGGGCUCCAGAUAGGGCAGGAGGAGGGCCAGCCUCCCACACAGCUCCCUUCUCUCUGGCCUCAGUUUCCCCCUGUGGCCCCAGCCUCCAGAGCGGGCCCCUCCCCAAUGCUCUAUGACCUAAAUUCCCCGCCCACUGGUACCAGGGAUGUGGAAAAGCAGGGAGGAGGUCAGCGCCUGUUCCCAGGGGCAGGUCCCCGGCUGAGUGGACAUGGGCUGAGGAGCGGGGACCUGGGGGGGACAGAUUUCCGGCCCUCCUUGGGCUGCCUGGCACAGGAACCCCCCAGCUGGUGGGAAAAUGGGAAGAAAGUAGACUUCCAGGAUCUGCACACAGAAAGUGCUCAAAACGUAUGCACUGUCCUCACUCAGAGCCCCCCUCCCCCCACUCCAGCGUCUGGACAAAAUGUCCUUGUCAUUCAUUCCAGGGGGGCUUCCUGGAAGAGGCCACAGAGCCGAUGGGCCUGGAGCACCGCAAAAGAGGAAAGGAAGGCAUUUAAGGGGCACUCACUAGAUAGUUUGAGAGACCGGCACCGGCUGCCUACUCGUCCCCCCUUCCCCUGGGGCCGGCAGGGCAACUGGAAGAACCGGACUUCGGCCUGGCGGGCACCCAGGGCCCCGAGGCAGGGGGCAGAGGACGGCCGCCAGAUCCCGAGGCCGGAAUCUUCUCGGACGGGGAAUACUUCCACCUGCGGCACCGGGGCGUGGUCCAGCAGUCCCUGAGCCCCCACUGGGGCCACCGCCUGUGGCUGAAGAAAGACCCCAAGGUGCAGUGGUUCCAGCAGCAGACCCUGCGGCGGCGGGUAAAACGCUCCUUGGUGAUGCCCACAGACCCCUGGUUCCCACGGCAGUGGUACAUGAACAACGAGGUGCAGCCGGACCUGAACAUCCAGCAGGUCUGGGGCCAGGGACUGUCGGGCCAGGGCAUCGUAGUGUCUGUCUUGGACGACGGCAUCGAGAAGGACCACCCAGACCUAUGGGCCAACUACGACCCCCUGGCCAGCUACGACUUCAACGACUACGACCCAGACCCCCAGCCGCGAUACACACCCAGUAAUGAGAACCGGCACGGGACCCGCUGUGCUGGGGAGGUGGCCGCGAUGGCCAACAACAGGUUCUGCGGCACCGGAGUGGCCUACAACGCCCGAAUCGGAGGCGUGCGCAUGCUGGACGGCACCAUCACCGACGUCAUCGAGGCCCAGUCGCUGAGCCUGCAGCCGCAGCACAUCCACAUCUACAGCGCCAGCUGGGGCCCCGAGGACGACGGGCGCACGGUGGACGGCCCCGGCGUGCUCACCCGCGAGGCCUUCCGGCGCGGCGUGACCCAGGGCCGCGGCGGGCGGGGCACGCUCUUCGUCUGGGCGUCGGGCAACGGCGGACUGCACUACGACAACUGCAACUGCGACGGCUACACCAACAGCAUCCACACGCUCUCGGUGGGCAGCGCCACCCGGCGCGGCCGCGUGCCCUGGUACAGCGAGGCCUGCGCCUCCACGCUCACCACCACCUACAGCAGCGGCGCGGCUCCGGACCCGCAGAUCGUCACCACGGACCUGCACCACCAGUGCACGGACAAGCACACGGGCACCUCGGCCUCAGCGCCGCUGGCCGCGGGCAUAAUCGCCCUGGCUCUGGAGGCCAACCCGUUCCUGACCUGGAGGGACAUGCAGCACCUCGUGGUCCGUGCAUCCAGGCCAGCACAACUCCAGGCCGAGGACUGGACGACCAAUGGCGUGGGGCGCCAAGUGAGCCACCACUAUGGCUACGGGCUGCUGGACGCCGGGCAGCUGGUGGACAUGGCCCGCACGUGGCUGCCCACAAGGCCCCAGCAGAAGUGCGCCAUCCAGAUCGUGCACACAUCCACGCCAGCAGGAGGGGCCCUCACCCACCACACUGCCCCCAGCCCCAUCCUGCCGCUGCUGCGCGUGGGGAAGAACGUGUCGGCCUGCGCCGGCCUCGCCAACCACAUUCGCUCGCUGGAGCACGUGCAGGUGCAGCUGUCGCUGUCCUACAGCCGCCGUGGGGACCUGGAGAUCUCGCUCACCAGCCCCAUGGGCACCCGCUCCACACUCGUGGCCAUCAGACCCUUGGAUGUCAGCAGCCAAGGCUACAACAACUGGAUCUUCAUGUCCACCCACUUCUGGGACGAGGACCCACAAGGCUUGUGGAUCCUGGGCCUGCAAAACAAGGGCUACUAUUUCAACACGGGGAUGCUGUACCACUACACGCUGCUGCUGUACGGGACCACCGAGGACAUGAUGGCGCGGGCCCCCAGCCCCCAGGUGACCAGCAGCGCGUGCGUGCAGCGGGACCCGGAGGGGCUGUGCCAGGAAUGCCACAGCCCCGCCUACCUCCUGGGCCACCUCUGCGUCGCCGACUGCCCUCCACGCUACUUCCACCACACGCGGCAGGCAGUGACCGCCGGGCCCGGGCGCCCCGCCACGCCCGCCUUGCGCGUCUGCUCCGCCUGCCACCCGAGCUGCGACACGUGCCGCGGCGGUUCCCCGCUCGACUGCACCGCCUGCCCCCCGCGCUCCGUGCUGGACGAGCUUCGGGGCUCCUGCUCGCGGCCCACGCCCCUGACGGCCCCGUCCCCCGCGCCCCCCGCGCCCCCCGCGCCCCAAGCCCUGCCGCCCCCCGCCCCCAACGCCCCCAUCGCCCCCACCGCUGCCGCCGCCUGGCUCAGGCCCUGGUGCUGGCCCUGCUGGCCGUGGCCUGCUGGAGGCCCCUCCUCCGCGGCGUCCUCCCCGCAGACUGCCCCCCGCCCUGUGUGAGCCCCCCGCGCCGGGGAAGCCCCCCUCACCACCCCAGGCCCAGCUGCUGGCUGCAACGCUGAGACGUGGCACUGGCAGAGCCCAUGUGCCCCUCGGUCUAGGGCCCUGUGGGCACCACUGCUGCGCUCCCGCGUCCAGACUGGCCCCCCAGGGGCCAGGACCUACCCCCAGCAGCCCCUGGCUGGGCCGUGUGGAGCCCUGCAACCCGGCCUUGGCAGGUCCAGGUGAAAGAGACAGAGAAAAGUCUAGAUACAUAGUUUGGGGUGGGGAGGGGGUGGGAUGGGGCAGAGGC